UUGGAGGCAGCUGGCUGAGGAGCUGCCGGUGCCCCAGCCCGGCCAUGGCCGAGUUCUUGCCGCCGCCCGAGUGCCCCGUGUUCGAGCCCAGCUGGGAGGAGUUCGCCGACCCCUUCGCCUUCAUCCACAAGAUCCGACCCAUCGCCGAGCAAACCGGCAUCUGCAAGGUGCGGCCGCCGCCGGACUGGCAGCCACCAUUUGCAUGUGAUGUCGAUAAACUUCAUUUUACUCCACGGAUCCAGAGGCUGAAUGAAUUGGAGGCUCAGACCCGUGUGAAGCUGAAUUUUCUGGACCAGAUUGCAAAGUUUUGGGAGCUCCAAGGAUGUACACUGAAAAUUCCACAUGUAGAGAGGAAGAUCUUGGAUUUAUUUCAACUUAAUAGGCUAGUUGCAGAAGAAGGUGGAUUUGACUUAGUCUGUAAGGAGAGAAAAUGGACGAAAAUAGCCAUCAGAAUGGGUUUUGCUCCAGGCAAGGCAGUGGGUUCACACAUCCGUGCCCAUUAUGAACGUAUUCUUUAUCCUUACAACUUAUUCCAAUCUGGAGCUAGUCUACUGGCUACUAAUAUUAAAAUGGAGUCAGAUGAAACCCCAGAAGCCAAAACUCAUAAUUUGAGGCGCAGAAUGGGAUGUACACCUGCAAAUGAGAAGGAAAUGCCUGGCACAGUGAAACGAGAACCUGCUGAGAAAAGAGAACAAAGAGACUCGGAGAGAGAGAAAUCAAAAGGGCGCUCUAAAAAAAGCACUAAUGCAGUGGAUUUGUAUGUAUGUCUCUUAUGUGGCAGUGGUAAUGAUGAAGACCGUCUCCUGUUGUGUGAUGGCUGUGAUGACAGUUACCAUACUUUUUGUUUAAUUCCACCCCUUCAUGAUGUUCCCAAAGGGGACUGGAGGUGUCCCCAGUGUCUGGCUCAGGAGUGUAAUAAACCACAGGAAGCAUUUGGUUUUGAACAAGCGGCAAGAGACUACACACUUCGCACAUUUGGAGAAAUGGCCGAUGCAUUCAAGUCAGACUAUUUUAACAUGCCAGUACAUAUGGUUCCCACAGAGCUAGUUGAAAAAGAGUUUUGGCGACUUGUGAGCACCAUUGAAGAGGAUGUCACAGUGGAAUAUGGGGCUGAUAUUGCUUCAAAGGAGUUUGGCAGUGGCUUUCCAGUUAGAGAUAGGAAAAUUAAACUUAGGCCAGAAGAAGAGGAAUAUCUUGAUAGUGGCUGGAAUUUGAACAACAUGCCUGUGAUGGAGCAAUCUGUACUUGCUCACAUCACUGCAGAUAUAUGUGGAAUGAAAUUGCCGUGGCUUUAUGUAGGAAUGUGCUUUUCUUCAUUUUGCUGGCAUAUUGAGGACCACUGGAGCUAUUCCAUUAACUAUCUGCACUGGGGGGAACCGAAAACGUGGUAUGGAGCCCCGGGGUAUGCGGCUGAGCAGCUGGAAGAUGUAAUGAAGAAGCUGGCUCCCGAGUUAUUUGUGUCUCAACCUGAUCUUUUGCAUCAGCUUGUCACCAUUAUGAACCCAAAUACGCUGAUGGCCCACGGAGUGCCCGUUUACCGAACCAACCAGUGUGCUGGAGAAUUUGUGAUUACAUUUCCAAGAGCCUAUCACAGUGGCUUUAACCAGGGUUUCAAUUUUGCUGAAGCUGUCAAUUUCUGCACAGUUGAUUGGCUGCCAUUGGGUCGUCAGUGUGUGGAACAUUAUCGCUUGUUAAACCGCUACUGUGUUUUUUCUCAUGAUGAGAUGAUAUGUAAAAUGGCUUCCAAAGCAGACGUCCUUGAUGUUGUGGUAGCUUCUACUGUUCAGAAAGACAUGGCUAUUAUGAUUGAAGAUGAAAAGGCUUUACGAGAAACUGUGCUUAAACUGGGAGUGACUGAUUCCGAGAGGAUGGCUUUUGAAAUGUUGCCAGAUGAUGAGCGCCAGUGCAUAAAGUGUAAAACCACUUGCUUCAUGUCUGCUGUCUAUUGCUCAUGUAAACCUGGUUUACUAGUAUGCCUGUAUCACGUAGAAGAUCUCUGCUCCUGUCCCACCUUUAAAUAUACAUUGGGAUAUCGAUAUAAACUAGAUGAUCUCUAUCCAAUGAUGAAUGCACUGAAAUUGCGUGCAGAAUCCUACAAUGAAUGGGCUUCAAAAGUAAAUGAAGCUUUGGAGGCAAAAAUUAACAAUAAAAGAAGCCUCAUCAAUUUUAAGGCUUUGAUAGAAGAAUCAGAAAUGAGAAAGUUUCCAGAUAAUGAUCUACUGCGACACCUCCGAUUAGUUACUCAGGAUGCAGACAAAUGUGCCUCAGUUGCACAGCAACUUCUUAAUGGCAAAAGACAAACAAGAUAUCGUUCUGGUGGAGGAAAAUCCCCAAAUCAGCUGACUGUGAAUGAGCUUCGGUUGUUUGUAAGACAGCUGUAUGCUCUACCCUGUGUCCUCAGUCAGACUCCAUUACUGAAGGAUCUUCUUAAUCGUGUGGAAGCUUUCCAACAGCAUAGCCAAAAACUUCUCUCUGAAGAAAUGCCCAGUGCUGCAGAACUGCAGGAGCUAUUGAAUGUCAGCUUUGAGUUUGAUGUUGAUCUUCCACAGCUAGCAGAACUGCGGAUCCGUCUGGAGCAGGCACGCUGGCUGGAAGAUGUACAGCAAGCUUGCUUGGAUCAAAGCGCCCUUACUCUGGAUGAUAUGAGACGACUCAUAGACUCAGGCGUUGGACUAACUCCUCAUUCAGCAGUUGAGAAAGCAAUGGCUAAACUGCAAGAACUUCUUACUGUGUCUGAACACUGGGAUGACAAGGCCAGAAAUCUGAUAAAGGCCAGACCACGACAGUCAGUAAGCAGUCUUGCGGCAGCAGUCAAGGAGAUAGAGGAGAUUCCUGCCUAUCUCCCAAAUGGUAUUGCUCUGAAAGAUGCUGUACAGAAGGCCAAAGAUUGGCUACAGGAAGUGGAGGCCCUGCAGGCUGGAGGACGUGUGCCCGUGCUAGACACACUUGUGGAACUUGUGGCGAGAGGUCACUCUAUCCCGGUACAUCUGGACUACCUGCCAAGGCUAGAGUCUUUAGUGGCAGAUGUUCAAGCUUGGAAGGAGUGUGCAGCCAAUACAUUUCUGACAGAGAACUCCCCUUACUCACUUCUAGAGGUCUUGUCUCCCAGAUGUGAUAUUGGAACACUGGGUCUUAAAAGGAAACAGAAGAAAUUAAAGGAGCCAGUGCCAAAUGGAAAGAAGAGAGGGACCAGGCUGGAGAGUCUUUGUGAUCUGGAAAGAGCUCUGUGUGAGAGUAAGGAGACGGCCUCUGCGAUGGCCGCACUUGGGGAAGCCCGUUUAAAGGAGAUGGAGGCACUGCGUUCUCUGAGAGCAGCAAAUGAAGGGAAGGUGCUAUCUAAUGAAGAUGAUGCAGAGAUGAAAGUUUGCCUUUGCCAGAAAGAGCCAGCGGCACCACUGAUACAAUGUGAACUCUGCAGAGCGGUCUUUCAUACCAGCUGUGUUUCAGUGCCCAGUAUUUUUCAAGGACCUUAUGUUUGGCUCUGUCCUCACUGCCAUAGAUCAGAAAAGCCACCUUUAGAAAAAAUCCUCCCUUUACUGGCUUCCCUGCAGCGUAUCCGUGUGAGGCUUCCUGAGGGAGAUGCUUUACGGUAUAUGAUAGAGAGAACUGUGAACUGGCAGCACAGAGCACAACAAAUGUUAUAUUCAGGGAAUCUAAAACUUAUACAAGACAAAAUUGGCUCAGGAUUAUUGUACAAUAGAUGGCAAGCCACAGCAUACCAGUUGCCAGAGACAAACAAGGUAUCUCAGACAAUUGAUGCAAUGUCUUUUUCUCUGCCUCAUGACUGGGAUAACAGAACCAUGUAUUUACAUUCUCCCUUUUCUUCAGGACAGAACUGCAUUCCCUUUCAUGCCAUUAGCGCAGAGCUGGAUGAGCUGCUGAUGGAGGCCCAUUUGCUACAGGUUUCACUGCCUGAAAUACAAGAGCUCUACCAGAUCUUAUUCACAAAGCACAGCCCUGUUCUGCAAACAGAACAGAGGUCAGCAAUAGGACCAACAAGUGAAAAGAACGAGUGCUGCCGGGGGAAGAGAGAUGGAGUUGGUUCUGUGGAGAGAAAAUUAAAAAGGCGCUUUGAAAGAGAGGGCUUCUGUGGUGAAAAGAGAGCAAGAGUAAAAAAACUGAGAACACCCAAAAAGAAGAAAUUGAAACUGAAUCCCUCCAAGGAUCUCAGCAAUAGCAAACUGGAGAGAGAGCGAGAACGGCUUUUUGAGGUGCAGCGCUCCAGCGAAAGCCACUUGCUUCCCUUGGAUAUGUCGUUCUCUGAGCAGGAGGACUCGGAGGAUGAAGAUGCAAUCUGCCCUGCUGUGAACUGCCUGCAGCCUGAAGGAGAUGAGGUGGACUGGGUCCAGUGUGAUGGCAGCUGCAAUCAGUGGUUCCAUCAGGUAUGUGUGGGCAUUUCUCCUGAGAUGGCAGAGAAGGAAGACUACAUCUGCAUCAGCUGUACUGGGAAGGACUCUCAAUAUUGAAAGUAAAACUCACCAGAAGUCAGGACUCCAUUAAGGAAGGUUAUCAGAAUUUCUCCAUAAAGUCACAGGGCUAGUUUAAGAGCCAGGCUGCAAAUGGUGCUACUUCUAUCCUCAUGGGAUCAUUUUUCAGAACUCAAACAAUUUUUGACACUUUUGUAUUUUUUUUCUCUUGAGCUAUUUGUGGUUGUUGAGAUUUGAAAUGCUGACUGUUUAGUAGGGGUUUCCUCCAGUUUGGAAGGCAUUUGAAACAUGCACCUUUUAUUGUACAGCAUUAAAUUACCUCUCUCUGGGAUAUACCAGCAUACAUAAUUCAACUUCGUUUAGGUGCAGAAAAACUGCACCAUGAAUCCCAAUAGAUCCUCUUUUGAGGAUAUCCCUUGUUUACUCUGUUAACUCUUCGGAAACUUUAGUUUUUUUCACUUUGUAUUUUUUUUGUAGACUAGGUUUAUUUAUCUGAGCAAUAACUUCUAUGUCUGGUUGCAGUGACUGGAAUUACAAUUCUGAACAGCGUGUUGGUGCUUUUAGCAUUGGUUGAUGUACAGAAAGCAAAUGUUUAAGGUCCUAGUGUCACUGAUGGACUAGCGCGGUAGAAGACAGAAAAAGCUCUGUAAAGUAAUUGCCACUGCUGUAUUUUGGCUUUCUCCUUUUUUUGGGUAGCUUGUAUCAAAUGUUGCAGUUUCUAUUGUGGAAUAAACCCCUGGUUAUGUUAUAAAAUUAAA